AUGCCUUGCGAUACACAUCUUGAAACAGAGCAAGAAGAUCCCUGCCGCAGUGGUUCGAUUCCCACGCACAAGUUUGCAAGCAUCCUUUUUUGUCUCGUUACAAACGAUGCGGUGGGCAAAGAUGAAAUUUGUAAAAUUGCUCGAUACUUCGAGGUUCCCGGAAAUCGAACUUCAUACCACAGUUUCUGUGAUACUUUGUUUUUACCUUCCGCGGAUGAGGAGCAAUAUGCUGGCAAAUCAUUAACUACGAACCCACUUUCGGUGCAGGAGCAUAGGCAGUUGUCGCUUAUUCUACUGUCGAUCGCACAGGCUCUGCGCUUUCGGGAACACAUUUUACGUCCAUAUUUCGAGGAAUAUUCUCUCAUAACACGUGACGGCCCGUUCUGCACGGUGCGGUACACGUUCCGGGUGCUGUACUACCUCGGCGUUACGCUAGCCAAACGAGAUAAGGAGCUGUUUGUGAAGCGGUUCGCUAAAGAUGGCCACCGUUUCGAUUACGUCUCAUUUAUUGAAGAAAUCGAUCAGCUGUUUCGCUUUUUAGAUCAACGUGACGGUGCAAUAGAUCGCCAGCAUGAUGAUGGUGCUGUUCCACCAAAAAUCAUCGAAACACACCUACCAAAGGUUGAUCGGCCCGAGAUUGGUUCAAUCUCAGUAGCCGAAUUGUGUGGCAAGCGGCCUGCCUUUCAUCCGUCUCUGAAUGCUGAGCGAAGGGAUGAAACCACACAGGAACUGCUGCUUCGCAUUCAACGACACAUCUGGGAGAACCGAAUUCGUAUCAAGGAGGUGUUUCAACAACAUGAUCCUCUACGCUGUGGAUGGAUUACGAGCGGCCAAUUCAUCCGAUGUCUCGAUCUGAUCGGCCUCUCACGUUUGCAUCGACUUCCGUUACACGACCGGGAAUUGAAGCAACUUUGUGAACGGUAUGCCGAUUCAAAAAAUCCUAACCAAAUACGGUGGACGUUGUUCGUGGAGGAAAUUUACCGAAUGUACAAAGACUUUCCUUUAGAUAAGGAAGCAUCCGUUCUCACCGUUAAUGUUCCUCCAUCAUUGAAUCAUCUACUUCCUCUCGGAAAGUAUGAAGCAGCUAGCGAUCAAAUCGACCAUUGUAGAGCAACAUCGGCCAUUGUGGAGCGGAUUAGACAGAAAAUAGCAAGCGAAAGUGUUAUGCUCGAACCCAUGUUUAAAGACUUUGAUAAGCACCGCAACGGCCACAUAAGUUUCAAUCAGUUAAGAGAAGUUUUCGCCAUUAGCCGGCUUGCACUGACCGACGACGAAGCCUUUCUACUGGAUAAGAUGUAUGGAAAUGAUCGGGGUUUCUGUUAUAAACGGUUGUUGAAGGAUAUCCAGGAUGAUCCUUGUUCCGAUGGAAAGCAGCGUGUUUCAGAGCAUCUGAAAGUGAAGGACUUUAUCAACCGUGAUCCCACACCGGCAGAACCAAUGGCAAGCGAAAGGGAUAUCGUCUUGGUGCUAGCAAAAGUAAAAGCUCAGGCGGUACAUCGGCGUUUACGGUUGAUAGACUCCAUGGAAGGGUUCGAUCCGCUGCACCAUCAUCGGAUUAGUGCAACUCAGUUCACCAGAGGAUUAUCCACGGCCAGCAUCAAGCUGACGCCAUGUGAGAUGCAACUCCUGUGCGACUACUUCCAAACGCCUCUGUCCACGACGAUCGAUUACAAGCGGUUCUGUGACACGAUUGCGGAAAUUGAUUAUCAACCAACCCUCGAGAAGGCACCGCUGUUAGUUCCGUGUCGCCAUUUUUCGGCCGAUGAAACAUUGACUGCUAACUUUCUCAACUUUGAUGAUCGCACCAUCGUUUCGAAGGCUCUGCAGAAGUUGGCACGCCACGCUGAUCUUGUUUCGAACAUGCGCUCGCAGCUGAAGGACUUCGACCCACAAAACGUGGGUCAUAUUUGCCGGAAUCGCUUUCUGCGCGUGCUGACGUCACGCGAUUUGCAUACGCGUAUCUCGAGUCGAGAGUUUGAAAAGCUUUGCAACUAUUUUGCGGUGGAAAUUGGUCAUCGUCAGGAAGUAAAUUACCAAGCCCUGAUGGAGGCGCUGGAUUAUCUUUACACCAACCGGGAAGUUCAUCCCUUCUGA